AUGCACACCGACUACUUUGCGAUUUUGGCAGACAAUCUUGCAUCAGAGCUUGAGAUUGUCCAGCAGACGCCGGGAGAAUUCUUGAGCCAAUAUGAUGAAGAGUUCACCACCACGGCCAACGUCGUCACGGCUACUCUGGUCCUGGUUGCCUGUGCUGGCUUUGUUAUGGUGUCGGUCUACGUUGACGAGCACGAUGCAGCAAACAAAGUCACUCCGCUCGAUAGUCUGAAGACGCAAGUGAUUGAUCGGGACGACCCGAAGGAGAAAGUUUUGGGCACAAUUUUUCAAGCGAUCAGGCGGCUUGGCUUUUGGAAGCCUCCUGAAAGCCUUUACAAAAGGCAGUCUUGGUUUCGGGCUUUUGGAUUGCCUUUUCUUUCAAGGCUGCAGAUGAGUAGUUUCUGGCCAGGCGAAAUCACCUAG